GUAGCCAAUUUCUAGUAAACCCUCUAAAACCCUAGCCCGCUCGCCCAGUCCCCCCCAAACCCAACUCUCCCAGAAAUCAAAGCCUCAAUUGCAGAAAUCAAAAGAAUUUCAAUCCCAAUAUGCAGCACGACGAGGUCAUAUGGCAGGUCAUCCGCCACAACCACUGCAGCUUCAUGUCCAAAAUUGAAACCGGAAUAUUCUGCAGAAACCCAUAUAACGUUACCGGGGUUUGUAACCGGAGCUCUUGCCCUCUCGCCAACAGUCGCUAUGCCACCAUUCGCGACCACGAUGGGGUCUUCUAUCUUUAUAUGAAAACUAUAGAAAGAGCUCAUAUGCCAAACAAAUUGUGGGAAAGAGUUAAGCUGCCAAGGAAUUAUGAGAAAGCACUCGAAAUCAUUGACAAAUAUCUGAUGUAUUGGCCUAAGUUUCUUGUACAUAAAACAAAGCAACGGCUCACUAAAAUGACUCAGAUGCGGAUACGCAUGAGGAAACUUGCUUUGAAAACAAGGGAGAAAAUAAUGACAACACCGAGGAAGGAAAUAAAGAGAGAAGCUAGAAGAGAGGAGAAGGCAGAAAAGGCUGCAGUCUUGGAUAAGAGCAUUGAGAAAGAACUAUUAGAACGCCUUAGGAACAACGUUUAUGGAGAGAUAUAUAAUUACCCUUUUGAAAAAUACCAAGAGGUCCUUGAAGAGGAAGGUCAGAAUACUGAAAUAGAAGAAGAAGAAGAAGAAGAAGAAGAAGACUACGAGGAAGGUGAGAUAGAAUAUGUUGCUGAUGAUCAGUUUGAAGAGGAGGAGGAGGAUAUUGAAGAUAUGGGUGGUCUAGCACUGAAUCAUUCACAUGCAGAUGAUGAUAAUGUUGGAAUGGAUGAAGAGCCAGAAGUAGAUACUGGCAAGAGAGGGAGGAAGUCUCGAAAGUUUGAGAAAGAUGGAGUUGUCACCAAAUCGAAGAAACCCAGGGUACAUGUUGAGGUGGAGUAUGAAGAUGGUCGUGAUAGACAAAAGGCAGUUCACUAAAAGCUUUUGCUUGUUCUGAAGGCAGUUCACCAAAAGCUUUUGCUUGUACUGUUUGUUUGAUCUGAAAGAGAUGGUCAGAAUUGUUUCUUCUUGUGAGGUUGGUUGUUGCUUUUCAAAAGCUUCUCAGUCGAAAGAAGGAACUUGCUGUGGUGAUGUUGGGAAUAGACCCAAGGUUUUGAUAGUUUAAAUUAUGUUUACAGGAAAAAACAAUUGUUAUUUGUAUUUCGAGAAAACCAAUGUUACCCACCAAGCUAAUUUGUCGGGUGUUGACUUGUGAGAAGGAGCCUACUCUCUACAUUUUCUUGUGAGGCAGAGCUAGUUGGAUUUAGUUGGCCAUCACAUGUUGUGAGUCAUUGGUUUUCUGAGUUGUAAGCGGGUUCUCUCUUUAUAACCAUGCAAUACAAUCUUUUGUUUCUUACUAUUAAGGAUUUUCAG